GCCUGUUUCAAAUUUUGUUUUUCUAGGUCUUACUGUCAUUUUGUUCAGGCAAUAUCGCGGAAUGCCUGGGCAGUAUUUUACUAGGCGGAGUUUGGGGGCCUCAUCUCUCUCUUUCCGCCGUACCCGCCAUCUUGUAGCGACCGGGGUAAUCAGGCAUCAUGACGAACACCAGAGGCAAGAGGAGGGGGACCAGGUACAUGUUCAGCAGGCCAUUCCGCAAGCACGGCCCAAUCCCCCUGUCCACUUACAUGCGUAUCUACAAGAAGGGUGACAUCGUUGACAUCAAGGGCACAGGCACCAUUCAGAAGGGAAUGCCCCACAAGUGUUACCAUGGCAAGACAGGACGUGUCUACAAUGUAACCCAACAUGCUGUCGGCAUCAUUGUCAACAAGCAGGUCAAGGGCAGGAUCCUGGCCAAGAGGAUCAACGUGCGCAUUGAGCAUGUGAAGCACUCAAAGAGCAGGGACAGUUUCCUGCAGCGCGUCAAAGGGAACGAGAGCAGGAAGAUGGAGGCCAAGCAGAAGGGCAGCUGGGUGGAACUGAAGCGUCAGCCCGCUCCUCCUCGUGAUGCUCACUUCGUCAGCACCAAGAAGAACGUGCCACAGCUGCUGGAGCCCAUCCCCUUCGAGUUCAUGGCUUAAAGUGCUCACAAGAAUAAAAAUAUUUGUACACUCAA